AUGGCAGCACCCAACAAGAAGAAUAUCCAGGGAGAUAUUUGGCCUCGUCUUCCGAAGAAGUAUGAGACGUUCGUCUUCUUUCGGAUUACCAAGCCAGCCGAAUUCAAAAAGCAUUUGGCAGGACUGGUCCCUUUACUCACCACGGCCGAAGAUGCUUUCAAAAUGCGAGAAAAUAUAUACAAAAUGAAAGCGGAAGGUACCCUGAAGGGACUGAUCAAGCUGUCGGCAAUCAACGUUGCUUUCUCGGCUAAGGGUCUGGCAAAGCUUGGAGCAGAAGGCUUCAAAGAUGACGUCUUCAACAAUGGCAUGUACCAAGACAUGACGUACCCCUUGCCCGGAGAAGAUCCGAAGCUUCAUCAAGGCCUCGACGACCAGCAUGAUUGGUACCACCAAUUCAAGCCCACCAAUGGAGCGAUUCACGGCGUUUUUACUGUCACCGGCGAUAGCGAUCAGACUAUCGACAAAACCAUCAGCACCUUGAUUGAUCCUAUGUUCAAGGUCGGCAAAGGGGAGCAGAGCAUGCAACGCAUCUUUUCUCAGAGCGGUAAAGUUCUCGAGGAUGACAGAGAACACUUCGGAUGGGUGGACGGUAUCUCCCAGCCCGUCGUCAUGGGUCUUGAUGACCUUGCCAAAAAGACGAUGAAGAAUGGCAUGAAGCCGAUCCCCAACGGUGUCAUCCUCGUCGGAGGUGAUGAAGACGAUGGCAGCCACCCGGCCUGGGCAAAAGACGGCAGCUUCAUGGUCUUCCGUACCUACGAGCAAAAAGUUCCAGAAUUCGUCAUGUGGUGCGCAAGCAACAUCAAGAAGCUUGCGCAUAAGGAUAAGCAGGCCGAGGCUCUGGUAGAACUGCGCAAGUUCUCAUCUCGUGUAAUGGGACGUUGGCCCGACGGCGCUCCACUUGAACUCGACGGGGAUAAAGACCCUAAUGAGACCCUUGACCCCGACCCACUGAAGAACAAUCAGCUCCUUCGGGAGAAAUGGGGGGAUGAGGCGGAUAAGAAAUUCAAGGAAAGAGAGGAGAAAAAUCACACGGAUGACUUCAACUACCACCCAGACGACCAGCUGCGAUGCCCUUAUGCGUCGCACAUUCGCAAGUGUGGGCCUCGCAACGAUCACCCGCCCCACCCCAAGCAUCUCAUGCUGCGUCGAGGUAUUCCAUACGGGCCUUUGACACACCCCGAUGAGAAGGCUGGCGGUGUGUCACAGCACGAGCGUGGACUACUGUUUGUUUCGUACCAAAGCAGCAUUACUAAUGGCUUCCGCACUGUCCAGAAAGAUUGGGCAAACACUGAGAAUGGUCCGAACGACCGAACCAAGCAGUGCGGAGGUGCCCAGGGACAGGGUAUUGACCCCAUCAUCGGGCAGUUACCUCCCGACUAUCGCGACAAAGAGGAUCCCACCAUCUAUGAGCACCCAGCACCAGUUGUCAACAUGCCCGAUAUUGAGAAGCCCGUGCCUGACGUCAAUAAGCACUUUAUCCCCAUCGGUCGAUGGGUUAUCCCACGAGGAGGUGAGUAUUUCUUCACUCCGUCCAUUUCGGGCCUACAGGAUACACUCUGCAAAGCCUAG